CAUUAUCGCUGACUGAUAACGAGAACAGCCAAUUCAGUUUUGUAUUUUGAUACCAAUUGAUUGAAAAAACAAUGCGAGUAACAAUGGCUUUACACAGAAAACUCAAAAAUGGAGCUACAAGACACUCGGCACCCACAGAAGUGGACCAAAUCCUCGUCGAUUUAAAAAGGGUUUUGCACAAUUUGUCCACAGUUACCGUUCGCCUUGAAAAGUGUGUAAGCCUUCAGAAUUUAAACGAAUCAGAAGAGGAAGCAAGCUUUCAAAGUGCCGAAGAAGAUGUAAAAGUGAAUUCGGUGUCUGUGUCAAAGCGAGUGAAUGCCUUCCAGAAACAGAAUCAUGAAGAUAUCAAAACACCAAAAUUGAAAUCAUUCCACAGUUUAGUUGAACCUCCGAAACCUAAAGAAAUCAAACGCCAACAUUCCGUACGCACCGAAGCAAUUAAUCAAACUGUUGUGAAUCACAACAGUGACAAAAUUAAUGUUAAAGACAUUAAGAAAAGGUUUGAAUUUAACAGCACUACCAGUGACAGCAGUAGUGAUGAACUGGACGAAACACCUACCGAAUUGAAUAAAGUAAAGGUUAAUGUGCAAAGUUUAAAACAGAAGUUUGAGGUUGAAAACAGAAACACGGCGACCUACGUCACCAAUUCAAUGGUUGAGGUGAACAGGAGGAAAAGCAUGGACGAGAAACAGAGACAAAGCGACAAUAAAACUGACGAGAAGCGACGAAAAAGCGAAGAGAAACCCAAAGCUGGAGGAACUUUCGUUGAAGAUGAUAGGGUGAAGAGGAUGUUGAAGUACUUUCAACCGACAGUCAAAUAAAAUAGCGACGUGGAAUACCACCAUCUUGUUCAAUUGUUUAUUGUAAUAAUAAAUCAUGUAGCCGAUAAGUUACAUAGUUAAGAUAA